GAGAAAACCCUAUUAUGAAUGCAGGUGCACAAGGUCUGUGAGAGAGACAGCAUGAACCACCUUGUUUCCAUUUCCAUCCUGGUGACCUUCCUGUCUCCAUCUUUGGCUCUGAUGAACAUCAGUGACGCCCAUCCUCUGGAUAGAUCUGUUGGGACUCAAGUCAUCCAUGUCAAUGCCUUCCGAGGUAUGGUCAGCAUCCGAGACAACAACGUUUUCAGUGAAUGGGAUGGAAUCUUGGACUACAAGAAUGCCCUCUUGGCAGCUAAGAUAUUUAGCAAGAUGGCCUGUGUCCUGGCCAAGAUGGACCAAACAGUCUUUCCAAGUUUGGACGACAUUGGCAAGUCCUUAGUCAACCAGGCUUCCAACCAUCACCCCUCCACCCGCGGCCUGACCUACACUGUUCUACCCAGCCGGGUUAAGAACUUAGCCCAGUAUGGGAUGGCCAUCAAGGAAAUGUGCAGAGCGUUCCCCACCUACUUUGCCCAGCAGCAAAAAGAAGGUACCGCGCUGGCAGUUGACCCUAAUUCCUGUUUUGAAGUCCAGCUUCUGUCCUACAUGGGACUCUCCAUCUGUGGUGAGAUCCCUGGGCUCUGA